GCGUACCCUGGCUUCACGGCUAACAGCGAGUACAGCCUUCCCACGAAAACCGAUUCAAAGUCAGUUUAGCGGCGGUGAAUGUCCGGCGGUUUGUAUUUGUUGUCUCGGGAUGCACUUCCUCCACAAAGAGGCCAAAAGGUAAACAGAGAUCGAGAUGGAAGCUAAUGUGCGGCAGGGAUGAGGAAACACUGCCGGCCAACUUACGCUACCUCAAUUUAUUUGUCCUGUUGAAACAAAACAUUGAUUUUGUUUUUUUAAAGACAGCUCACAAGAAAUUCAGCGGAAGGACAGGGGAAGGCAGGAUGGAGAUGCUCUGUUUUCGGUUACCGGGUCACGGGGACACAACCCUGAAGCACAUGAAUUCGCUUAGAUCCCGUCAGCAUUUCUGUGACAUCACCAUUGUGGCCAGCAACAACCAGACCUUCAGGGGACAUAAGGUGGUGCUCGCUGCCUGCUCGCCCUUCCUGAGGGAUCAGUUCCUCCUCAACCCAUCCCCAAAGCUUCAGGUGUCAAUGCUGUAUAGCUCCACAGUGGUGUGUGACCUGCUCCAGUCUUGUUACACUGGUGUGCUGCAGUUUAACCCAGAGGAAAUUGUCAACUACCUGACUGCUGCCAGUUACCUGCAAAUGGAGUAUAUCGUCGAGCGCUGCAGAGGAGCUCUGAAGAAGUAUGUCCAGCUAAAGAACCCUAGUCCACCGAAGAUGACUGCAGAGGAGAGUCAGUCUCGACCGGUGAUCGUCAGUGGCAGCAUUCAUGCUGUUGCAUCUCCUCCCACCAGCCGACCCUCCCCCAUGGGCCCACACAGUCCUGUACUACGAUCAGUGGAGGAGAACAGCGGUGAUACGUCUGCUCAGGGCAGCAGUCAGCGCCACGAUGACAGUCUCAUGCUGGAUGAGCCAUGUAUUAAGGUUAAUGCAUCGGACGAGGAGGAAGAGACCAAACAGGAGGACUAUGAUGUGUUCAGAGUGUACGUCUCUGAAGAGGAGCAGAUGAACAGAGACAGGGAGGAGGAGAGAGGAGCUCCCUCUGAUGAACCUCAAGAUGUUUGUUACCCAGAGACGGAAGGUGUCGUGAUCGGAGGAGAGGGCAACGAGUAUGACUUGAAUCGAACAGAAGAAGACUUCAGCACCGGAGGACUUUCAGUGGAGGGUCUUCGCACUUUCAGACGCAGGCUGACUGACCCCAAAAUUGGCCGGGGCAGAGGGAGAGGCAGGGGGAGAGGCUUCAAAAGGAGAAGGUGGGUGUCUUCUCAGGAGAAAAGAUCUCCGGGCCUGGCUCACCAACAGGAGUUGUGGUACCUAGCAGCUGCUGGAUUGGGAGGGAGUAUUGGACUAGACUACAACCCAGAAGGGCUGAAGACAGGAGGUUAUGUCUCAGUUGAGCUCCCACGGUUAGACUUCAGCAUGGGUGACGCUCAGGGGGAAAAAGCUUCACCAACGGCAAACAGUUUGAACCAGUAUUCCCUGGAGGAGACUAGUUGUGGUGCUGGUGAGGGGAGUUCGGGGUUGGCAACUGUUGGAACAAACGAGGGAGGGGAUGAGUCCGUUGCAGUUGUGGGGUCCACUUCAAGCGUAGCAGGGCCUGUAAUCUGUGAGCACUGCGGCAUGACUUUCCCCUCAGCUCACUCUCUGGCUAUCCACUCCCGCUCUACUCACCUGCUGUACGCCUGCCCCUGCUGUGGCAAACACUUCCACCACUCCGCCAACCUCACCCGACACAUGGCCGUGCACCGGGGUGCCGGCAAAACCCACCAGUGCCCCCUGUGCUACAAGACUUUCACUCAAAAAUCCACACUGAUAGAUCACAUGAACCUUCACAGUGGCGAGCGCCCACAUCGCUGCGCCUACUGCCACGCCCGUUUUGCCCACAAGCCCGCCUUACGACGCCACCUGAAGGAGCAACACGGAAAGACCACAGGGCAGAACUCCCUACAUGAGCAGGAGGAGAUUGAGAGAGCGAGGGGAGCUGCUGGAAGAAUACGAGAGGAGGAACAAGAAUGUCUGGUUACUGAACAAGUGUCAUAGGCCAAAGCAUUAUAGACAGCAAAGUUUUUAAACUAAAGCUCCCCAAGCUCGAUAACUUCAUUAAGUUAAAUUUUGCAGCGGUAAGUGUUGAGGAGCGGGGAGAUCCAUCUGUGGUGUUACAUAUGGAUGUUAAACAAGUGCUCAACACUAACUAUGAGGCCUUUUAAAAUCUGAGACUGUGAAAAUAAAAGCCCUGUCACAUUAGAUAUUUUUCAAAUUUGCAUAAAAAAUAUGCAUACUAAGUGAUGGAUGUGGGUUAAAGUGACUGAUUCCACCACUCUUUUACACCAAGCCAAACGAUCUUUAUCACAGCAGACAUUUUUACUUGUCAUAAUAGGAAAAGUACAGGUUUUACUAAUAACACUAACAAUGGCUCUGGAAUAUUCAAGGGUCUGAAUUAGUCAUGACAGAGAGCCAGCAUGAACAGUAACAGGACCGUGGAACUAAAGCCACAAAUUAAAUUCAGCCAUCAUUCAUUUUAUUUACUUACAGCUUGUCCUACUGUGGCGUGUCAAAAUGUCCUGUGAAAAAGGCCCAUUGAUUGUAAUGUCUUAGAAUAGUUUGAUUAGUUUGACUCAGACUGUAAUCUUAAACUUGAAUAUAUGUAAUACAUGUUCAGACUGCUGACCACAGCUCAAAGAAAAGAUGAUAUAAAUGAGUGUAAAUAAAGUAAUUAGAAAGUAUGUUCUCUGUUAGAUGUCGUCAUUACUUACAUACAUAAUUUCCUGACAUGGAUGAAUGCAAAUUAAAGCCCCUACACAGCCAUAGUCCACCCACACAGGUGUUUUCACUUACGUUGCCUGAUUAGUAUUAAAAGUGUAAGCAGGUGUUCUUGACUUGUUAUCAGUGUCACUGAUUGUAGACUGUCACAAGGUGUGUGUAUAUAUGUACCUGACACUUGUGUUA